CGCCUACAUUUACGUCGAUCAACCAAUCAGAGACACGCCUUCUGUCCUGCGUUUCUCUCCUGACAUCACUACUCUUUGGAACGGUUACUAAUGAAGAUACUGCAAGGAAUAAAAACUUUUAAUCUGAUUUUUACUAGAAAUCUAAGGGGGUAAUGUUUAUUUCGCCGCUACUGUACAGGAGAUUGCCUUUAUGUCGAGGAACUGGUUUUUAUUAAAUGUGGCGGUCCUACUGUGGGAAGGGCUAGCUCAAGACGAAAGCAGGGAGGACCCCAAGGAAUUCCCUAGCAGGGGCACCGCGGGAUUCAGACUGCUGUAAACUCAUCACCGCUACAUGUAACCAUAACACGACUUAUCACUGACGGGAACUUGAAGGCAGUGCCAGCUUAUUUAUACCUACUGACAACAAACAGGUCACGCAACCCAAUUAACUGUUUUACGGUUUUUCAAACAAGAGUGAUAUUGGAUUUUGUAUAUGUUGUUAUUGUUGGAAUUCCGAUAUUUGGACAAUGAUAAACCCAUUCAUGGAUGUACCACACGCCCCCCACCUACCACCCGGGGCACUCAAGCUUAGCCCCCCUCACUCCAUGUCCGAGGGUGGGGGAGUUCAUGGACAGACAUGCCACCAAUUUGGGGCGCAGUCUAACGGGUACGGGUUACCUCACUCCCACGUCAGUAGUUAUGCUGCACGGGAUUUUCUUCUGCGGAGACCGGACAUUGGACUGUCCGAGUCCGGCACCACAGGACAUCCGGGUAUGUUUGUUCCGUCCUCUGGAAAUUUCCACUCCGCUCAUCAUCCGGACUCGAGUUCCAACCACGUGCUGUUUCCAGGUAUCCAUGAUGCUGCGGCACAUCACAACCCCGGUCACCAUGUCAACAGCGGCAUGCGUUUUGGGGCCACAGAUAUGUACUCACGUGCGGACCAGUUUAAUCACAUGACAGGACCACGCGCGGACCAUUUUGGGACCACACAACCCUUCAACGUGAACCCAAUGGGCGCCAUGAACCACAUGGGCCCCCACGGGCCCGGAGCGUUUUUCAGGUACAUGAGACCCCCCUUAAAGCAGGAACACACGUGUCUAUGGAUCGAUCCUGAGGGACCGGACCCGAAAAAGCCCUGCAACAAGAUCUUCUGUACCAUGCACGAAAUUGUGUCGCACUUGACAGUAGAGCACGUGGGUGCCGAACAGAAUACGCACAUGUGUACCUGGGAAAACUGUGCACGUGAGGGGAAGCCCUUCAAGGCCAAGUACAAACUAGUAAACCAUAUCCGUGUCCACACUGGAGAGAAACCGUUUCCCUGUCCAUUCCCGGGCUGUGGUAAAGUGUUCGCCCGCAGUGAGAAUCUCAAGAUCCACAAGAGGACCCAUACAGGGGAAAAGCCGUUUAAGUGUGAAUUCGAAGGAUGUGACCGGAGAUUUGCGAACAGUUCCGACCGGAAGAAGCACAGUCACGUGCACACGAGUGAUAAGCCGUACAACUGCCGGAUAAAAGGAUGUGAAAAAAGUUAUACUCAUCCAAGUUCACUUAGAAAACAUAUGAAAGUUCACGAAAAUUGUUCGGAAUUCGUGGAAAAAUAUUCUGAUGAUGAAAAGUGUGGUAUUGAUAUUCAGGAUAGUUCACCAUUAUCGAAGACUAGUGUGUCAUCACAAAAUUCAACUUCCCCCGGAAGUCGGGGUCAAUUCACAACACCAUCGUCAUUAUCUACUUCUGGUUUGACACCUAGCAUCACUUCUUGUUUGCCUCAUUCCCAUCCGCCUAAUCUCAGUGAGUGGUACGUUUGUCAGGGGUCUACGGGACUGGGCAAUCUGACAUCGUCACACCUGUCCGAACAGCAGGCGUUUAAUUCGCUCGGACACCUACAGAGUCUACAGCCUCCGUCUAUUGUACAGUACUCAUGAUGACGUACAUGUCCAGGUGUCCGAACAGAACGUUCAUAAUUAAAAUGGCCAGUACAAUUUUAUUUCUUCAAUUGAACUUACGGAAUCUGUGUAAGAGGACUUGAAUUAUUGUUGUUGGAGCUUGUGUUGUCACAAUUCGUCGGAAACUCUUGUUGAAUACCUUAUAAAGAUAUCUAAUAUAUUUUAGGAGAUAUCUCGAUUAAUUUGAGAUAUCUUAUAAACAAAAAACUACAUAUAAUGUACACCUAAAUAGACGCGAUAUCUCUACUAUAAGUGUUCUUUUAAAGAUGUCAAUUAUUUUUAUUAUGUACUCUUUAAAUGAAGAAGAGAUACACGAUGUGGUAGAUAUCUUUAAAUUAACAAACAAAAUUUCUUGAAAGAUGUCUAUUACAUUACGGGUUAUUUUUAAUUCGUUAAUUUUUUUUCUAUUAUAAAUUAAUUUAUCUCUUUGACAAUUUUGUUUUAUUCUUUAAGGAUAUAUACUAUAUAUCUAAUAAUUUUGCGAUCUUCCUUGGAGUAUUAAAUGCCAUAUUCUUUUUGACAAAAUGUAGCAUACUCUUCCUGAUGGAACUUGCAGAUAUAGCAUGACCCAAAUUAGUUUCAAAAGUAAAGAAAGAAAUCCCAAGGGAUGUUAAAAGUAUUUAAUUUAGCUGUUUAAUGGUCAUUCAUUACGUUGGGAAAUAAAGCAUUUUGUAUUAUUGAUAUCGACAAGGUAAAAUUCAUGAUAUUCAUGCUAAAAUUUAAAUAAAUAUCACAAAACUACAAAUUAAGAUUUUGAUUAUGUUUUUAUAACUUUUGUCUGUCCGGCAGCCAUUACAAAACAGUGAUGACUACAAUAAUAUAAAAAAAAUGUUUCAGUCAAUAAAUCAGAAAUGACGUCAUUGUCUAUGAGAUGUUAAUUAAUUACUUUUAUAAAUGUGUUAUUGAUGUUAUUAAAAAAUA